AUGACCAAGCUCCACUUCGCAAUCAAGUUUUGCAUGACGCUAUUCCUUCUCGCAUGCCAAAUUGGACUCAUCGUAAUCCUCCUUCUGUCUCUUCUUGUUCGCAAGGGAACAGGCGAGUAUCCGUCCUCCCAUGCACUCCCUCAAUCUACGGAGGUUGUCUCGGUCAGCUUGCAGGGUGCCCUCGUUAUUCCCACCGUAAUCAGAUUAUAUGCCUACUUGAAUCAGCGCCGCAAACACGGAUACGACACUGCGGAACAAAACCCCCUUGAUCGCCCCGUCUUUAUCGUCGCUUCAAGCCUGAUGAGCCUGGCGAGCGCGAUAUGGAUGACAGUCAACGUUUACUCGCUUCUCUUCGACUUGUCCAAUCUCUCGAACGCGAAAGCCGCCACGAUCGGAGUCAUCGCGACCGUCUGGGUGGAGUGGUCAGUGACGUUCCACCUCGUCUGGAUCGCGCUCCUCGAGCGCAACGAGCGCUUCACGCACACGCUCAUCGGGGGCGACCUCGAGAAGUGGCCGCCGAUCUCGGGCCCGAAGCCGCUCCGCGCGAACUCCAAGGCCGGCCUCCUCUCCAUCUCCUCCAAGCAGCCCCGCCGCGGCUUCGGCGGGCGCGUCUCCGCCCACGUCGUCGCCGUCCAGCACGGGUCGCCCCCCGAGAUGUGGGCGCACGGCGCGGGGGCCGGCGCGCGAGGCGGCUUCUCGCGCGAGAAGUCGGGCUCGGGGAGCAGUCGCGCAACGCAAACGUCGCAGCAGUCGUCCAAGAUCUCGGGGCUCGAGGCGACGUACAUGCCCUCGCGCCUGCGGUCGACGGUGGACGCGCCCCCAGUCGUGACUGAGGGGAAGCAGUACUAUUUCAGGACGGGGGGCGCGUGA